CAAGACGCCAGGGGGCGACGUGCAGCCAACUCGCGAGACGCGCCAGGGGUUAAAGGUUACCGGCUGGACACCGCCACAUGGGUGUUGUUGAUGAUUUUGCUUUUGCUUCACGUCAACAACAACUGCUCUUGUCGUUCAAAUGAGGAACCUAAAGUUGCUGAAGAGCCUGCAGACCUCAGAGCUGCAGGGCCCCGGCUCACCGCAGUGUUUGUCGGUGCGGGUUGACACUGGAACGCUACUGGUCGCCUCCCAGUACUCCAUCACAGAGUUCAACCCUCAAACAGGACAGGUCGCGACCGAGGCCUCCCUGACGGCGGAUGGAUUCCUCCCGCAGGACGGCAGCGGAUCCGUGGUCGGGUUGCAGGACCUGGCGGAAGUUGAGUCGGCGUGUUUGGCCACCGCCGGCGGAGAUGUCGUCCUCUUUAACCUCAACACCUGUCAGCUGGAGUGUGUUGGCAGCGUCGAUAGCGGUCUGACAUCCAUGAGCUGGAGUCCUGACGAGGAGCUGGUGAUUCUCACGACAGGUCAGGAAACAAUCAUCAUGAUGACAAAAAACUUUGAACCCAUCACAGAAUUUGCAAUUCACCAGGAUGACUUUGGUGAAGGAAAGUUCAUCACGGUGGGCUGGGGCAAGAAGGAGACUCAGUUCCACGGCUCGGAGGGCAAACAAGCUGCACAGAGAAAGACUCAGGAAGUCAAGCCCGCUCCUGAAUGGGACGACCGCAGGCCUCGGGUGACGUGGCGAGGUGACGGACAGCUGUUUGCCGUCAGCGCCGUCUGUCCUCAAACCGGAGCCCGGAAGGUCCGAGUGUGGAACAGAGAAGGCGUCCUGCAGGCCACCAGUGAGCCCGUCGACGGCCUGGAGCAGGCACUGUGCUGGAAACCCUCCGGCAGCCUGAUGGCGAGCACCCAGCGCCACCCCAACAAGCACAGCGUGGUCUUCAUGGAAAAGAACGGCCUGCUGCACGGGGACUUCACGCUGCCACUCAACAAAGACCAGGCCAAGGUGAAGGAGCUGCUGUGGAACAAUGACUCCACUGUCCUUGCAAUCUGGUUAGAGGAUUUGACAGCGGGGGAGCACGGACACGUCAACACUUGUGUCCAGCUGUGGACGGUGGGUAACUACCACUGGUACCUGAAGCAGAGCUUGGACUUUGGCAAAGACCCCCAAAAAGCUCCGGCGUGCGUGUGCUGGGACCCCGAGCGGCCCCUGCGGCUCCAUUUGGUGACUCGUGGCUGGGGCAGCCUUACCUAUGACUGGGGUUGGACGACGGAGAGGAGCCCCGGGCUGGACGCUACGGAUAACGCCAACGUGGCUGUGAUUGAUGGAGAUAAGGUCCUGGUGACCACCUUCAGGCAGACUGUGGUCCCUCCUCCCAUGUGUUCCUUUGAGGUGCAGCUGAGCUCAGCGGUCAACCAGGUGAUGUUCCUCUGCCGGCCUGAGGGGACCAAUCAGCUGGCGACAUUCACUGCUGAUGGAAACAUAUCGGUCUUCAGCCAAGAUUCAGGAGAAGAACCUGACAAAGUGGGGAACGGAUUCCGGACUGUGUCUCGUGCCUUGGUCCUCAAAAAAACCUUCAGAGCUGCCGUCCACCAGGAGGCGCCGCUGUCUCUGCGGCAUCUGCUUUGGCUGCAGGACGAUCUGUUUGUGGCCGCCGGCCGCGGUCUGCUGCCCACCUCCUCCAACCUGAUGAUGCUGCGCCCCGCCCAGGACGCCGCGGACACACUUGCAGUCAGGUGUCAGCUGGAAGUGGACGGCGUCGUGGUCAAUCUGGUCCACUGCUGGCGGACACACACUGUGGCGCUUCAGCUGGAGGAUGGACAGAUCAGGAAGCUGCUUUGGGAUUGUCCAGAGCCAUCAGUGGAGGAGUGGCGUGACUCCAGUGGGUACAGCAUCAACUUCCCUGUGCCCUGCGCUCAGACGGCCCUCUGCAGUGUGGGGGGAGAGGAGUUCCUGCUCGGCCUGACGGACAGAUCUCACCUGUACGCCGCAGACGUGGAGCUCGCCUCAAACGUCUCGUCCUUCGCCGUUUGCGGCGACUUCCUCGUCGUCACCACGCACUCGCACAUGUGUCGCUGCCUCCAGCUGAGCACGCUCAGCCUUAAAGCGCUGCAGGCGGCUCUGGCGCAGGACGGCGGCCAGAACGACGAGACCCUGCGGCGGGUGGAGAGAGGUUCCCGUGUGGUCACCGUGGUGCCGCAAGACACGCGAGUCGUCUUACAGAUGCCUCGUGGGAACUUGGAAACUGUCCAUCAUCGAGCUCUGGUGCUGGACCAGCUCAGGAAGUGGCUUGAUGACUUGAAGUUCGGAGAAGCUUUUGAGUGCAUGAGGAAGCUGCGCAUCAACCUCAACCUGAUUUACGACCACAACCCAAAGGUCUUCCUGGAGAACACGGACACGUUCCUGACGCAGCUCAACUCCAUCAGCCACAUCAACCGCUUCCUCACUGAGCUCAGUGAGGAGGACACCACGGGCAGCAUGUAUCCUCGCCCUGAAGGACGCACGCCACCGCAGCCGCCCGCCUCGGGGCAGAAGAAAGUGGACGUGGUGUGCGAUGCUUUACGGAGCACCAUGGAGUCGACGGAUCCCAACAAGUUCUGUCUGUCCGUACUGACGGCCCACGUGAAGAAAACCGUUCCCGAGCUGGAGAUCGCUCUGCAGAAAGUCCACGAGCUUCGAAUAAACCCCCCUGAAGGAGACGGUGCGGUGAGCGCUGAGGAGGCUCUAAAGUACCUCCUCUUCCUGGUCAACGUCAACGACCUGUACGAACACUCGCUGGGCACGUACGACUUCGACCUGGUGCUCAUGGUGGCCGAGAAAUCCCAAAAGGACCCCAAAGAGUACCUCCCCUUCUUGAACACGCUGAAGAGCCUGGAGGCCAACUACCAGCGCUACACCAUCGACAAACACCUGAAGCGCUACAGCAAGGCGCUGGUGCACCUCAGCAAGUGUGGAGAAGAGCAUUUUCCAGAGACUUUGCAGCUGGUGAAUGAACAGAAACUCUACAGUGAAGCUCUGCGACUUUACCCUGCGGACAGCAUUCACUCCAAGGCUCUGAGCUGCGCUUACGCCGAACACCUGAUGGGACAGCAGCAGGCGGAGCAAGCCGGCCUGUUGCUAUGGCGAUGCCACGAGCCCGUUGGCGCCCUGCAGGCCUUCGCCAGCUGCGCCAGCUGGAGGAACGCCAUCUGUGUGGCCCAGCAGAUCCCCCUGCCUCCAGACCAGGUGGCCCUGCUGGCCAGAGACCUGGCAGUGAAGCUGACUGAACAGCGACGCUACUCGGAGGCGGCACUGCUGCUGGACCAGUACGCCAAAGACUGCGAGGAGGCCAUCUUGGCUCUGAUCACCGGCGCAGUGUGGGAGGAGGCGCUCCGACUGAUUCACAUGCACGACAGAGCAGACAUCACAGAGACGGACCUGAAACCCGCCCUGCUCAAUGCGGCCAGCGCUCAGACGCUCUUUGUGGAGACGCAGGCGGCCACCUUCACGCGACACAGAGCCCGGCUGGCGCUGGUGCAGGAGCAGAAAGAGAAGGCCAGGCUGAGCUUGCUGGAUGAGGACGGUCCCGACUGUGCGGACGCCGAGCUCUACUCUGAGGCCAGCAGUGUGAUGAGCGGAUCAAAGUACUCGCACAGCAACUCACGCAUCUCCUCGAGGUCUUCAAAGAACCGACGGAAGGCUGAGAGGAAGAAGCUGAGUCUGAAGGAAGGAAGUCCAAUGGAGGACCGAGCUCUGAUGUUUGCACUCGGAGAGAUCAUCACCACAGCGGACAAGAUGAGAGAGGAGGUGCAGGCGCUGCUCAAGGCGCUCGUCCUCUUCCGCUUCGACAAACAAGCCGAGAAGCUGCAGCUCGUCUUUGAGGAAGCUCUGCGCACGAUGGAGGAGGCCAUAGCCCAAAUUUGGACUCCGAGCCUGCAGAGCAGCAACGCUCCGCUGACUGGACCAAACUCGACGGCAAACAGCAUCAUGGCUUCCUUCCAGCAGCAGACGCCUACAACGUCUCAAGAUGUAGAAGUGUCCUCUCCACCGAAGAUGAGAAGCAAUGUCAAGUGGAAGCUAGCAAUUUGUACCUAAUUUUUUUUUCUAAACGAAACGUGUAAUAAAGAUUGACCUCUC